UUAAGAAUCGCCGUUGCAGCGUCACGCAAAUGCGUCGUGUCUGCUUUCGCAGGUCUCGUGCGCGCGCUCUCAUCAGCAGCAUCCAUCAGUCCCAUCAUCAACCAACCCGGGAGAAAUGACAGCCAAGAACAUCCAUGAACAAACUUCACUGGGAAUGGGAGACUGCAAGGCAGCGUCGACGGAAAAGCAGAGGAUGUUAGUAACGUUCAACCAGGGUAGCAUAUACAGGGUGAACAGCAGCGGUCCUAGUACUGAGCCUUGUGGUGCGCCAUACUGAACUUGUGAUCGAUUAGACAUCUCUUCAUUUACUGCUACAAACUGAUAAUGAGAGAUCUGUCCUGAAGAAUCCUUGUAAUUGUGCCGUUACAAGGUGCCAGUCCUUACCCAUGUCCCUCCCCGUGAACCGAAGACCAUCUGCUGGUUCCCGCAAAAGGUCUGCUGCCCCAAGCAGCACUCGACACUCGCUUGGGGACUCGACUGUCCGUAGCAGUUACUCAACAGCAUCCUGCAAGUGCACAGAGAGCAAUACUGUACCACGCUCCAACCCAGCCACACCACGACGGCAGGCAAAGUAUGCAACCUGUAGUGAGAAUCACGGGAUCCGUCCACCAGCUCCUGAGCAGUAUCUCACCCCACUGCAGCAGAAGGAAGUGUGUAUUCGUCACUUACGAGCACGGCUGAAGGAAAAUGUGGAGAAGCUUCAGGACCGAGACUCUGAGGUCGAGGAGUUACGGAUUCAGCUGACUAGGAUGCAGGAGGACUGGAUAGAGGAGGAAUGUCACCGCGUAGAGGCUCAGCUGGCCCUGAAAAAGGCCCGGAAGGAGAUCCGGCAGCUUCAGGAGGCUGUUGACACAGUUAAGUCCAACCUGGGGACAGAGGCAGAUCAACAGGACUGCAAGUCUGAAGGUCUAGGUGUCGGUAGGAUAAACCAACGGUUUGGGGCAUCAAGGUCUUGUGGCUGCUCUCCAGCCCACACCAUGAGUCGCAGCGCCACCUUCACCAGGCUGAGCAGUGAUACGUCACCUGGCGCUACAGACCGCAAUGGAAAUGUAUGUUCUGAUCGCUACAUUCCCGCCAACAGAGGGGCAAUGACGUUACCGAGAGGUGACGGGCGUACCCAUCUACUUCUGGAAGCAGCGUUACUGUCUGAACAAGUCCCUCACGCAAGGCUAUGCUCCACUUUGUCGCGAUCCUCAACCUGCGAGAGAUUGUGUAGCGGAGAGACGGUGUUGCCCGUUAGCCGGUCCUGUCAUGCCGUUAAUAACAACUGUAGCUGUGGACCACAUGCCUACCUCCAACACCACCAUCUGUUUCUGCACCUCCCACAGGAGGAAGCACCACCACCACCUCCUCCUCCAACAGCACCCCCUAGUGCAUCCGAAGUGAGUGACAGGCCAGGGUACCGGUCGCAGGCCUGUAGCCCCACCAUAACCUGGAUCUCCGAAGAGGGCGGAGGAGAGGAAUUGAGCGUCAUCACUUCAGCAACGUGCGCACCAGACGUCACUUUAGCUGAGCCGCUGGUGUUUUCACCAUCCUCCGCCACUACUUCACCCGCUCAGAUGUCUUGCAUCACGGAAACUUUACCGCUAGACAGCACAGUUGAAUUUACAUCAUCAACAGUGCUAACCAAGCCACAGGUUCAGCAACCGUGUCCCAGAGCGCCACCACCUCUCGAGCUGCCGCCACUGGAAACAACGGUAGUAAAAGUCAAUGACGAAGAUGUAGUGGGGGAGGAUGAAGAAUCAACUCCCCCUCAGAGGAGUCACUGGAGCCGCUAUUUCCUCAUCGAUCUCCUAGCGGUGGCCGUUCCCGUAGUUCCGACACUGGCGUGGCUUUGCCGAGGGCCCCGGAAUGAAGGCAUGCCGAUGUACAACAUGAGCUCCCUGUUGCGCGGAUGCUGCGCCGUCGCGCUUCACUCUCUCAGACGGGUUGGCAGUGGCUGUGGUCGCGUUCCCUCGGGAACAGGAAACGCGACACCUAUCUGAUAACUUGAACAUUGCAGUACCAUCACAAACUUUGAACUGGACCUUGUGUGAACUCUUUCUCCUUGAUCUCCCAGUCUUCAAUAUCUUUGAACCGAGGAGGCGUAAAUCUGUUCUUGAUUCAAAUGCGUUUUUUACACAAAGAUGGAGGGAAUGUUGCCCUUAUUGCGCGGACACUCAGAAGUUUCAAGGCUCAUUUCCACCAUUUGUUUACCUUUUCCUUCUCCUUCUGGUUCUCUUAUCUGCUUUAUUUCCUCCCUUUCCUGGCUGAAACUCAAACAGGCAGUACACAGUCAAGAGUAACUGCAAACAGCAAUGAUCAGAGUCCAAGCUACACAAUGUACAGAAGUUUAGGCCUUUUAAGCACAGAUUUAAAAAUAAUAAUAAUUAAAUGCCUCAAGGGUUAUUUUUAUUCUGUUCAUCCAUUGAAAAUUGUAGUACUGAAAUACUGACCUUGGUCCAUCAUUGUCAGUUUCAGAAAAUUUGCAACAUCCCCCUAUGGGAUUUUAGUGGUAUGAUAUUUACUCACUGACAUUAAUGUAAAUAAUGUGAAAUAUUCUUAUGUAAACUGUUCUAUCGAACUGAAGUCAUUCUGCUCAUGUUUCAUGAAUGAGGCCCAUUUACCGGUACAGGAAAACUUGUAACUUUAGGUAGGUUAAAAAUUUCAAGCCUAUUGCUCAAACAAAUUAGUAAGGCUAGGCUUUCAAAUUAGAAACCUUUACACACCUGUUGCUAAGCAACUAUUGUGCCAAUCCAUCUUAUUUCAUAAAAUAUGAACACAUAAAGCAAUAGGCAUCCAGAAACUGUUUGGAUCUCUAAAAAUGCUUCACUCAUUCACAUAAAAAUGCCUAAACUAAUGUGGUGUUUUGUGGAUCACUACUCUGAUGUCAUUCUUGACAUAUCUACUGAAGUUAUGUUUCAUCAGUUUCACAACUUCAUCUAUGAGCAAAGGGAAUUUAGAAACUGUUUGGUGCAUUUGCAUAAUAUUUAUGGAUUCAUUUGAAUUGUAUCACAUUAUUUGCUAAAUAUGCCAAAUUUUAUUGAUAAAGCAAUGGAAGGUGACGACAAGAUGACUUAAUUAAGUCAUUGGUUGUUAGAUUUUCAGUUCUUUUAAACUCAGUCUCAGGUGGAACUCAGGUGAAUAGUACUAGAGAGGAUGCAAAAUUAGUCAAGACCCAUGCCAAAACAUUCAUUCAUUAGAAACACAAAGGUUUAUAAAUAACAAUAGUUGUGAACAUGUACAUUUACUGUCAUAAAUGUCUUGUUUUUAGAUUUUUUGAUCAAUGCAUCGCUUCAAAACCAAUGAGUCUAACUAUUGCAUGCGUCCAGAUUUCAGUAAUGCAAUUAUGUAACUAAUUCAUGGCUUUGUAAAACAAAGUCUUCGGUUUAUUUGAAGUAAAACAAAAGAACAAAACUGAGUAAUCAUGGCAUUCCAGUAGGUUAUUGUAAGGGCUUAGUAUGCAUGUUAGCACAAGAAUUCCUCAUAGUUAACGAUCAAUAAACUUAUAGAUUAUAUUGCAAGUAGACAUUUGAAUAAACUCAUGAUUUGAUCAGCAAUGUUGCAAAGUAUGAUUGUGUAUUUAGACAGAGCCCAUCAACACUCGAUCCUAAUUGUAAAUUUGGAUUGUUUGGUUCAAUUGCACCUUGACAAUAAAAGUGUUUCAUUAAAAUGA